AUUAAAUUUUUUAUUAUUUUUCAAUAAUGUUUAAAUUAUUAUCGAUUUCAUUUGUAAUAGUUGCAGUGGUAUUUGCCGCUGAUGAAAAGUAUACUACAAAAUAUGAUAAUAUUAAUUUAAAGGAUAUCUUAGAAAGUGAUCGAUUAUUAAAUAAUUAUGUUAAAUGUUUAAAAGGUACUGGAAAGUGUACACCGGAUGGUUCUGAAUUAAAACGUGUAUUACCAGAAGCAUUAGAAACUGGAUGUGCAAAAUGUCAUGAAAAUCAAAAAGAAGGUGCCAGAGAAGUUAUUACAUAUCUUAUCAACAAAAAACCAGAAUUAUGGAAUGAACUUAAAGAACAGUAUGAUCCCACUGGAAUAUAUACAGAAAAAUAUAAGAAAGAAUACGAAGAAGUUUUAGAAAAGAAGAAUUGAUUUCACCUGCAAACCAGUUAAUUAAAUAAUAAUUAUUUAAUCAAAAGAUUUUAUCAACAGUAUUUUUUUUUAUUUUUGGUUUAUAUAAAUAAUUUUCAUUUAUGAAAAUUAUAUAAAAUUCAUUUUUUUAAAUAAAAACAAAAAAUUAA